GACGAUACCAUUCAUUCGCAUCCAGACUUCGUCCGAGAUCUCCAGCUUACAACAAGUCAACUUUGGACGCCAGCUCACUUCUUCCACCAACCAUCGCAAUGGCUGGUUCUGGUAACAAGCCGCGGCCCAUGCCGGCGAGUCAGCCUUCCUGCUCUCGCUGAUUGAGCACAUGGAAGGUGUCCCCUCCAUUAAUUGGGACAAAUUCGCCAAAGCGAACAAGUACAACAGUCCUACCGUCGCCAAGAACCGUUUCUACAACAUCAAAAAGCGACUGGGCAUCAUGCGCGGUGGGAAAGCGGACGGUAGCUCCAGCACUUGCAAGGCGGCCAAGGUCACCAAGCCUCAAUCUACCCGUGGUCGGCUCCCCAAGACAUCGCAGGCCAAGAAGGGAAAUGAGGUCGAGGAUGAGGAUGAGGCGGAUGAUGAUGAGAGCGAACUAUAUGACUUCUCUCUGUCGUACAAGAAGAAGAAGCAACAGAAGCAGGAGUUUGAGGACGAUGAGGAUGCUGAGGCACAGCUUCUCCUUGAGGCAUGUGCCGCUUAGGCCGAUUCAUACACAUACGUUGACUCUUUGACAUCUUCACCUUGGGGAAGGCACAUCAUCGCUUGAUUUUCAUCUCGAGGCAUCUUGAAGGAGGUCGUUGCAUUGGAUGGGUCGCGCUCUGAAGGAAGGCACAUAGUCAGGUGGUUUGUCGUCGAAAGGGUGCUUUUGUGAAGGGGCCACGACUGAUUUGAGGGCACACAGAACUCUGCGAUGGCUUAAAGGAUAAUGGCAGCUUCACCUGUGAGUAGUUUUCUUUUGAGUAGCAAUUUCGACUCUCUUCACAC